GGAUUUAACGCUCGUCUUCGGAAGGGUUUCUUCUGCCACCGAAUUGCACUACAACCGUGAAUCCUCGUCGAUUGUAGAGGUUUUGCGAGACUCUCAAUUUUGCACCUCCUGAUCCCUCACUCUCAGUUUGUUUUGUUCAGUUUCAACUUAGUCUUGGUAGUCUUGGUAGUUGUUUUUGGAGGUACUUGACGUUAGCAAUCGCUGGGUUCGGAUUGUGACUCAAUUGGUGGACAUCGGCUCCGAGUGCAUCGCAAGCCUCGCAUUGAGCUUCGAGUGGGUGUCACUGUACUCUGUCGAAGUGUAGCGGGAAUUGGAUAAAGAGGUGGCGCUUGAGAAGUCUGGGGGUUGAGGUGUGGUAGUGGAGGAAUGGCGGCUACGAUGGAACUGGGGUCGGAAACUGAUCCUCGAAACGCUACGUUUUCUAUCUCGGACGAGGACCACACGCUUGGAAAUUCGCUUCGAUUCGUGCUCAACAAGGAUCCUCGUGUAGCUUUCUGUGGCUAUAGUGUUCCCCACCCAUCCGAGACUCGCAUCAAUGUUCGAGUUCAAACUACUGGUGUACCUGCACGAGACGUCUUGAAGGAUGCCCUGAAUGAUCUCAUGGCCAUGAACCAGCAUGUGUCGACCACAUUUAACAGGGCUGUGGAGACAUUCAAAGCAAACCAGGGCGUUAACGAGCUAAGUAUGAAGUCCGGGGUGACAUCUCAACACUCAGGCAGUGUAAAAAAGCCUUAAGCGAAGUGUUAUGUAUUCCUAGACCUAGCGUAUUUUUGCCAUUUUAAAACUAUAGCCAACCACGCCUAUGUACUUAACCAGAUAAGUAACAACACAAAGAAACUUCUCUUCUUUUUGAUCACUAAAUACUUUGUUGUAAUGAAUGUCAUAACCUAGUAAUUAUAUCUCCAGCAGCUUCA